GACCUUUCCCUGCUCGGGGCUCCACGGCAGGGCGGCGAGGGGCCACUCCCGGGAGUCCCGGGGCUGCUCUAGCUGUGCUGCGCGGGGCUCUUCCUGCGGGGAGCGCGCCUCUUGGGCGCCUGUCCACACCUGCCUCCCCAGCGAACCCAAAGCGCCAGCGCCGCCGCCGCCGCCUCCUCCCUCCCUCCCUUCCUUCCUUCCCCUGAGCUGUGCUCGGCGCCAAGUAGGAGGGAAGGGGAGGCAGAGAGAGAGCGAGACGCGCCGCCAAGAAGGGACUCCCUUGAGCCCGGGCCACUUUGCAAGGGGAGAGGAGGCGGGCGGGCGGGCGAGGCCGAGCUUGGCUUCCAGGGCGCCUGGGCCCCGCUUUGGGACAGGUUGGCUUCAAAGUGAGUUCUGGAAGACAACUACAGGAAUCCUUGGAGUGUGUCCCAGCCUCAUAUGCUCAAAAGAAAGCAAGUGUCAUGUUUUAAUCCUGUGCAGUGCUGAGCCAUAAAAACAGAAGCCAUUUUACAUUGUUGGCUUUGUGUGUGGGAGAGAAAAGUUUACUGCUGCUGCUCUAGUCUCAGAGGAUUGCAUUGAAAAAGAGAAUGAGGAUGAUUGUUAACAAGGGAAAAAAACCCAGAGUGACCUAGUUUUACUGACUUUACUUCCCACAAGGGAAAUUCAUGAGAUAGAAGAUGUGUCAUUUGUGGUUCAGGCAGUGGAGCCAACACAUUCCAGUUUCUGAUUCUUUCAAAUAUGUGUACAGGUAUUGGCUGACACUGGCGAGGCAGGUAGAGCAAGUUUGUCCUGGGAAUGCGCUCACACACAUGAGGGAGUUUUACAAGUUCAGAAGAUACCUGGUGGCAUCCUGAUCGAGAGCUCUGUAGGUGUGGCUGAGGCUUUGUUGUUGUGUGCUACCUCCUAUGUCGCUUCAUUUACCCCAGACAGUGUGGCAUACUAGAAGCAAUAGAUAAUACGUGGCCAUGCUGAGUGUAACUAAACCAGAUGUGUGGAUAAAGAUAACCUCAAAUCAACUGACAGUAACGUUUGCCAGGUCAUGGAGAAUCAAGAGGUUGAGUCAGACUUUCUCCGAAGUGUUCACGCCCUUCUACGGGAACUUGAUGGCCACCAUCCAGCCUUCCAGAGUGAGAGAGGGAUGUUACGAUGGACUUUGCACAAGAAAAUUGAUAGAAAUCCCAGCAAUGGAGCCAUCUUGAUCAAAAUUUUGGUGAAAGAGCUGGAAAGGGCAGAAAGAUUCAACUACCAUCACUAUAUUAUCCCCUUGCUUCACACGCUGAUGUACACAAUGAUAAAGGCUCCUUGCAUUCCCGAUGAGCUUUAUGGGCGGGUAUAUGAUUUUUGCAAGAAGCUUCUCACCUUGCCCAAACCUUACUGCACUAUAGGCCUGGAGUAUGCUCGGCAGCUAAAGCUGGAACGGAUGAUGCCAGGUGUAUUGUACCAACGAAUGGUCUCUGCAGAACAAAGUCUCAAGAAUAAUUCAUUUCCUUAUCAGGAAAAGGUUUUCAUGUUUGCUGAUCCAGAUUUGCUUUCUGUGUCUGUGUGCCAAGCAUUGAUUGAAGAAAUCAAGACUGCUCAAAUGGCCCAGUGUGCCAGGUCCUGCAUGCUUUAUGUGAUAGAGCGAGCCUUUCAAACCCUGCUGAAGGAGGAGCAGCGUGAUGUGAGGAACCUGCACAGCAUUCUUCAGGCAAUGCCCUUAGAUGUGACUGAGCUCUGUUUUCAGCAAGUUAUGGCAGCCAUUGAACAUACAGGAAGAACGGUGAAUGUGGAAUACAAUCAAUAUGUUGAGGAAGUGAGAAAAAUCUACACCACCUUGCUAAGCACUUCAGGGGAGGAUGUGCAGAAGGAUGAAGUAGAGAGAAGCUCUGGCAUCCCUUUGCCCAAUCCAAGGAUCAGUUUUCACUUGUGGAAGGAUGAAGACCAGCUUUGGAAGGAGCUGGUGCUGUUUCUUCGUUCACCAAGUCAGUCCUGUGAACAGGAUUCUCUGAACCCAGAACUCGAUAGCUUUGAAUUCCAAGACCUGCUGUCAGAGUACGACUACUGUGAGCAUACACGUUUCUCUGUGCUCUCCAAUGACAGUGGAAUUGAACGAGAUCUGGCCAUGCCAAGUAAUGAAAUCUGCACUGCUGAGGCUGAGCGCUCCCGGCUCCAGAGAAAGGGAUGCAUGAAAAAGAAGGGAACUUCUCUGGAUAGCUUAUCUUUCCUACAGAGUGGCUGCAGUGGGCAAGAGACAAAGCCAACUGAGAAGCUGCACCGGAAAUCUGGUUGUAGUACCAUGGAACCUCUGGCCCCGAUGAAGAGACUGCACACCGCUCGUGUCUUGGUGCUGGGUGAUGAUAGAGUGUUGGGGCGCCUUGCCCAGGCAUACUAUUCCUUGAGGAAGCGCGAGAGCAGACGAACUUUUCUUACACGGAGGCUAAAAGUGGAGUUUUACUAUGUGCCUGUUGCGGAGGAACAACCCACCACUUCCCCUGCUGAGGAAUAUGCUCUGCCUGACCAGACAGAGCUUUGUGAGUUGGCUGCUUAUCUUGGAAGAGCUGACCCAUGGUACGAGAGCAACAUUAACACCCUCUGUCACAUGAUUCCAAAGCUGGCCACCAUGCCAAUUUCUCCAAGCAAAGCUUCAGCAUCUGAUCUGUUCAUCACUGAUGUAAUUGCAUACUAUUUACGUCUCGGUUUACAGCCAGUCUUCUUCCAAGUCUAUGCAGUAAAGCUUUUCUUCAGUAAUGCAACUUUAGAACCAGCUGAGGACAUUUUCCUCAUUGAAUUGAAUAUAAUGCUUGAAGAAUUCAACCCACCCUCAGAUAGCCUCCCAGUGAAAAAGAAACCAACCACAGAGGUUCCUGGCACAGAUCUUACACUCUUAUAUAAAAAGGUCUUGCUGAGUAACCGUGAAAAGGAUGAGUCAGUUUCUGUGCGAUCCACAGGCUUGAUUAUGAAAGCCAUACCCUCAAAUGAAAUUGAAGAUCUGGUGUGUCUGAGUGUGAAUGUUGCUGAAGUUGUAAAAAUCUCCAAUCUCUCAGGACGAUCAUAUUCUUUGGUGACCAACACUAUUCGAACACGAAACAUCAAACUCAGAAGUACAGAGCAAAGGUCCUUCACUGUGUGUUUGGACAAAGACUCCAGACGAGUUUAUAAGAAUGUGAUCAGUAUUGAAGUUUUUCCAUGCCUGGAACCUAGCUACUGCUUGCAAAGGACAAAAAACAGACAGACCAGUUUGCAGGAAGAGGAAGAUGUAGGACUAGCCAAAUACCUACCAAAAUCUUUAUUACUACCCAUCAACACUUUUGCGGGUAUUAUUCAGUGAUGCAUCUGGCAGUUGCAGCAAACCCAAUAUUUUGUCAAGGUUCAUUGGGAAGAUCUCACUGAAUUGGGACACAACAUGAAAGGUUCCAGGUGAAAAGGAAAAAAAACCAAGGGAGCACUGCUCCAAUCUUCAGCAGGAAAGAAAGUCCAGCAGAAGACAGAGAAGCGGAAUAGUUCUAUUUGGAGGAGAUAGGAGAGGAAGUAAUAAGGUAUGAAAAUUUAAGGUUCCCGUGCUGUACCUUUCUAAGCAAUUCUCUGCCAUCAGAGAGUAAGUGGAGAAAAGCUUUUGUUUCGAUUUUGGAACUGGAAUAGCUAAUACUAAAGAAACUUUCAUUACACUCAGGGAGCCUAGUCAAGAUCACAGUUCUCUUCAGUCAAGUGCGAUUCCAAAAACUAUUCUACAAUAUUAUGGCAAGUGAUUUGGGACACUCUAUUACUUGCCUUCGUGCUGCUCCACAAAAUAACUUUACCAUUUAAUGUGCUGAAUAAAUUAGGAGAUGUUCAGUUAAUGAAGCAGCACACAAUGGUUUCUGUUGUUAGAAAUCAUCAGUGUAAUUUGCUAUACAUACAUGUGCAGGGAUUCCUAUAAUAUGCUACCCUUAAAAGAAAUUGAAACAUUUGUGCCUUUGGACAAGAAACUGAACAGGAUCAUUUGUGGUGAUAACUCUGUUGGACAGCACUAAAUGGCAUCAACUGUGGACAGAAUGAAAUUCCUGUGAGCAAGAUGUCAGGAAUGUUUAUAAAAAUAAAGACUUGGUAACUUACAGGCGCCUUCACCAUGCGGUUGAACAUGCAUGACUAACCAGUACAACAAGUGUCAUGGACGAAGAAAUGUGUAACCCUAAUCACUGUAGAGGCCAGUGAUUCUGUCUGUGGCAGAAUUAUAUGAUGCUUCUGCCUCAUUCUUCAAAAAUAGUUAACAAUGUAUGGCAGGAGGAGACAGCUCACAGAACACUGUAUGCUUGCUGCUACAUCAAGGUGAGGGAAACUACAGCCCUCCAGGCAUAUUUUUGCAACGCUAAGCACCCUCUCAAUUUUAACUGUUUAUUAAGAAUGUUGGUUUACAGUUAUAAAAUGUUGACAUGUAAGCACCUAAUACAAACAAGAAAACAAACAACCUGAAGAGAGAAAAUGUCAAUAGCAACCAAGAGCAGAUUAGAACCCUUUUAAUAACAGAUUGUUUAGUGCUAACAAAAAUAAUGGUCAUCUUUCAAACCUAUGAAUCAGAAUAGAUGGCUUGAAAUCUAGUCUGUGAGUUCAGGGGUAGAUUAAUAAAUGAGUUCUUACAAAGAAGCUAAAAGCUCUCCAUGCCUUUUCAAAUCAGUCCGUUUUACACAGCCACUCAAUUUUUAAAUGUAUUAGUCCACAUCUCAGACAAUAUUUACCCAUCCUUGAAUCAGUCCUCUAGAUAUCUUCAGUCUGGCUGCACUAUUGGCUCUCUUUGCACACACUUUUCUUUAGGGCAGUGGUUCUCAACCUGGGGUCCCCAGAUGUUUUUGGAAGUGUGGGGGCUAGCCUAAUUUCUCUGGGGAGGGCGUUCCAAAGGUGGGGGGCCUCCACCAAGAAGGCCCUCUCCCUCGUCCCACCAACCACGCUUGAGACACUUAGAGCCUAUGCCAGUUCAUAGAGGGAGAUGCAGUCAUGAAGACGGGAAAGUGCUGAACCAUGUAGGGCAGUGGUUCUCAACCUGUGGGUCCCCAGUUGUUUUGGCCUUCAACUCCCAGAAAUCAUAACAGCUGGUAAACUGGCUGGGAUUUCUGGGAGUUGUAGACCAAAAACAUCUGGGGACCCCAGGUUGAGAACCACUGCGUUAGGAGCUUCAGAUACUGAGAAGAACAACAGGCACUGAGAGUAAUUUGCUGUUUAGUCCGUUACCUGACCAAGGAUCUCUUUAUAGAAACCAGUGGAUCUGGGACAAGAAUUCCACAUAAGGAACAUACCAUGUUUCCCCGAAAAUAAGACAGUGUCUUAUAUUAAUUUUUGCUCCCAAAGAUGUGCUAGGUCUUAUUUUCAGGGGAUGUUUUAUUUUUCCAUGAAGAAGAAUUCACAUUUAUUGUUGAACAAAAAAAUAAACAUUUAUUAUAUACUGUACAGUAGUUGUCAUCACAAACCAGCAUAGCCAGACAAACUGAAUCCUAUCAAGAAUUUCUUGUUACUACCAUUAUUUCCAUGUACAACUGGUAUGUACAUUUACCAAUCCUGCAUUAUCUGGUGUUCUGUUUGGCAGGCGCUGGGCAUACUUCCAAACAAAAACUUCACUAGGUCUUACUUUCGGGGGAGGCCUUAUAUUUAGGAAUUCAGCAAAACUUCUACUAGGUCUUAUUUUUUGGGGAUGUCUUAUUUUCGGGGAAACAGGGUAAUGCCUAAUUCUCUGCACCAUUUGCAGCAUCUCAGAGAGUCUUCCUAAUCCCAGUUAACUGCACACAGAUACCACUUGUAAACAACUUUCAGUACUCUAUACCCUCUAAUAUUGUGCUGAUGUUAAAGAGUGGAAGAGUCCAUAUUCAUUUUGUAUUAGCAAGAGAUCUUGAUAGUUCCAAUUCUUAAGCAACAUGGAAUAAUUAAUUCUAACAUAGGAAAAUUUAAUAGCAUUUUGCCCUUUAGUGGUAUUCUGAGAUUCUGUAGAAAACGAUUUUAAAAAAUUGUGCGCUUGUUUUCUAUAUAAACUUUGGUUUAAAAAAAGCAGUUUGAAUCCUCUGAAGCCAUGAAGUAUUAAUCCUUCCUGCACCAAAAUUCUCUGUGCUCCAGGAAGGUGUGAGGUGUACAACAUUAUCCUUUCCAAGUCACUGAACUAUUCUACACUUAGAAGAAACUUUAAUCUUAUUCAAAACUAUAAGUGAGAGUAUGGAAUGGUUUUGGAAAGUUUUGGCAAUUAUCAAGAAUUAUCAGUAUUACCACAAGGGACCUUCUAAUCAUAAAUAUGUAAAAGCCAUGGUUGAGCAAAGCCUUUUUAUCCAGUGUCCAAAUACUUGGAUGCCUACAAGCAGGCUAUCAGAGCAAUGCCAACUGCCCAUUCGUGCUCACAAGCAACUGAUAUACAAAGCAUACUAUAGUACAUCUGCUACUGGAGGUAUUAUUUCCAGCAUGACUCUAAGAUAGCGUUAUCUUUCUUGACCAUUGUCUGGGUUCAUUUACACUGUAGAAUUAAUGCAGUUUGGCACCACUGCCCUGGAUCAAUGCUAUGGAAUCAUGGAAUUUGUAGUCUGGUGCCAUCCUACCACUCUUUGGCACAGAAAUCUAAAUACUUUAUAAAACUACAAAUCCCAUGGUUCCAUAGCAUUGAGCCAUGGCAGUUAAAGUGCUGUAGACUGUAUUAAUUCUGCAAUGUAGAUGUCCCCCAGUCCUCUGCUAACUGCAUCUUCAUAUUUGUAUAUGGUAGGCCCACAGUGCAAUAUUUUAGAGUUCACUUCAGCAGAAACCUCUAUGCCUUGAAUUCAAAAUUGCCCCACUAGCAGCCCUUGGUAUUGCUUGGAAAUGGCCUCUCAGAUGUUUCCUAAGACCCUUGGAGCAGAUUUUGGAGAUAUGGCAGUGGGCUCUGCACUUUGUCUUUUUCUGCUUUGGUUGCCUUCUGUUAAGUAAUUGGGAAGUAGGGUCAGAUGGUUUCAUCUCAAGGGGAUGAAGUGUUCAGUAAUGAGAUAUACUUGAUAUUGAAAGAUAGAUAAAUCUGCUUCAGAGGAGAGAACGGAAUUUAUAAAAUAUAGAUCAAACAAUAUCUGAUGGAGCCAGAAAUAGUAUAGCCCUGAAAGCUCAUAGUGCUAGUGUUGUUUGAGGCAGGGCCUUUAAAACACGCCAGGACAAACUUCAGCCCUCCAGGUGUUUUGGAUUUCAACUCCACAAUUCCUUUUAAAAAAAAAUUAUUACACUUACAUUAACAACAUUUGGUGCAAACAGUAUACAAAAUAAUGAACAUUUUACAAACACAAACCCAACAUGAAGGCCUGAACAAGUAUCAUUUCCAUUGCCAUAAAUAUACGAAUAAAUAAAUAUCCAAAAUUCUUGUCCAGCAAGGUUGCAUUGUUUUCCCUUGUUGCUUUCUAAAAUAUGUUUGAUGAGAACCAAUAUAAAUCAAAUUCUAUUUUUUGUUUUCCCCUCUAGACACCCUCAUUUUCAUUGAUAAUUUAUCAUUUAAAGCUAUAAAUAUCUGAGUAAACAAAUAAACAAAUGUCAUAUCCAAAAUUUGGCAUUCUCUAUAAUGUUUAUCAAUCUACAUACCAAAUCAGACAUUUGCCUUCCCUUAACAAACACACAUUGGUCCGGAUUAACAUAAUCCUCAACAAUAAAAAUUAACCUAUUUUCCAAAAUUGCCGCAAAAAAAUUGGCAUCUUUGUUAAUUAGCAAAAUAGGUGUGAUAAGAGUCUAAUAAUAAUUUAUCUUUACCAGGUUUAGGUAUUAGUAUUAUCCUGGUAUAUUUCCAUAAAUUUGGUAUGAGAUUUACCCUCAAUAUUUUGUUAAACAACCUCUGUAAUCGAGGUACUAGGAAUUCUGUAUAGGUUUUGUUAAUUUCAGCUGGAAUUCCAUCUACAUCUGGCGACUUACCCUUACUUAAUUUGUUUGUGUCUCUAACUUCCUCUUGUGAUAUAUAUUUCUCCAUGUCCUUACUAUGUGUCUCACUUAGUUUCUUAUCUAAAUUUUGCUCCAAAUAGUUAUCCAAUUCAGCUGUGUCCAUUUUUUUACCUUUAUACAUAUUAGAGUAGAAAUCCUGUACCGCUUUAAUUUUAUCUACCAUUUUGGUGCAUUUGAUACCAUUACUAUCCUUGAUACUUCCGACCACCCUUCUUCUCUUUGUCUAUGCUACUUUUGCCAGUAGUUUUGAGCGUUUAUUAUUAUAUUCAAAAUAAUAUCUUUUAUGUACAUCAUGUCUUUUUUUAAAUCUUUUCUAUAUCUUUGGCUUCCAAUUCUUUAUUUAAUCUGGAGAUGCUAUUAAUAAUCUUCGAAUCCUAACUGCCUACUGGCUGUUAGGAAUUGUGGGAACUGAAGUCCAAAACACCUGGAGGGUUGAAGUUUACACAGGCCUGCUUUAAAACAAGGGCCCAGCAUUUCUGUGAGUCCUACAUGACCCUUUUGAUUGGUUUUCCAAGGAUGGUGCUGCAUGUAGAUGUUUACAAACCUGGUGGUUCUGUGACUCAGUGCUUUGUAUUUUGUACUGGAUACAUCUGUAAAUAAAUAAGCAUGCACAUUUGUAAAUAAACGAUAAAUUAUUUGUAAAAUAAAUGUAGCACAUUACGUAUUGGAAGAUGAAAUACUUUAAAUUCAUUAAAUAUUUUCAAAAGAA